AUGUCACGUCAAUUGCGUGAAAUUGGUCAUCUAACGAGCGAACAGCUAGAUACAAUUCAAAGUUUUUUGCUUUCUGAAGCAAGCUCAUCGAUUCCGAAUUCCAAUGAAGCAUCUGAGGAUGAUGCUGAGAAUGAAAACUCGCUAACUGAUGCUGAACGAUGUGCGGGUGUCUUUGAAUGGACCGAUUUCAGUGUACAGGAUACCAUCCCCAAUAAAGCCGAUUUUCGUAGUUCAUUGGAGAGAAGAAAUAGCAUGGAGUAUAAAAAAACAGCGAAGUGGCUUCAGAAUGCACUUAUUGCAAUCGCAGGCAAUGCUGAGUUCAUCGCUGUGGCACUCGUACAGAGGGUCAUCGUUUUGGAACGAAAUAUCGCUGAUGAGGGUGACUACAAAAUUAUUGCGCAGUUUUCAGCAGCAGAUCAUUUCACUGAUAUUUCUGUACAUAUACGAUGUAUUUGUCUUCUCCCAAUGGGGUGUAGCAAUCGAAGAACCGAGACAUCGGCAUACGAUUGGGUGGCAAUAGCGAUCGGUUUAAGUACCGGGCAUGUGCGGUUCUUCACUGAGCAUGGAGUGUUACUUCGAUCAGAGCAUAUUUCUUAUAAGCCGAUUGAUGCGAUCCGACUCGGUCGAUCCAUCAAGGCGGGUAAUCAAGAAUUGACAAUAUUGGCUGAUAAACGAAUUACGGUGAUCGAAGGAUUAUCACUGUUUGUUGCGCUGAAAGCGUCUAAAAGUCAGGUUGCUCGUGGUGAAUGUGACUUAAAUAAGAUAGCAGCGAAUGUUCCUAUCAAUUUUGAGAAGCUGAAAUUGGAUGGCCUCCACCAAGGAACGGUGUCUGAUUUUGCAGUUGUUGGUCCUCUGAAGCCUGCAUGGUUCGAUCUUUAUGCUAGUGCAUCGGUAUCAUCCGCGGGCUUUAAAGCAGUGUGUGAGCGCAGUGCGCUACCAGUUUAUUCAACAUAUUUGUUUGCUGGUCAAGAUCCAUUUGUAACGUUCGGUUGGAAUCAAGAAGGUGGCUCAUCAGCAAACGCAAUUACCGAUACUAUUUACAAUAUCGGAUCACAGAUAGGGUCCACAGUAGCAUCUUCGUUCCCGUCAUGGGGCAUUCGCUCUUAUUUAGGUAUUGGGGUUUCAAGGAAGGAUCGUAUACCAACGGCUCCGAUUCCAGCCAACAGGAGCAGUGUGAGCUUAGCAGUUCGAUCACUGUUGAUAGAUGGACAACGAGAUGGUGAACGUAUCUUUGCAUCAUCUGCUGAAUUCAACCUGUUCGCCAUAACUGACUCUGUUGCGAGAGUUGUCCUUGUUGACGCAUCAACACGACGAAUGGUUCGUAUGUGGAAAGGAUAUCGUGAUGCUCGUUGUGCUUGGAUCGAAUCCACAUCUAAUCUUCACCCAAAUGACACUCAAAGGUUUUCUGACAACCGUAAUCAAUCCGCUACGACUUUGUUUCUUGUUAUCUUCGCCCCUAGACGAGGUCUUCUGGAAAUUUGGUCAAUGCAGAAUGGACGUCGUGUUUAUGCGAUGAAUGUUGAUCGACGCGGCCGAUUAUUGGGAGUGCCACGAUUAAACGAGCAACUUCUAGGUGGACAAAGCACUUCAUCAAACACAUCGAAUGCCUUCUUCAUCACUCCAGCUGGAAUCAUAUACUCAAUUAAUGCACGUUUCCGUAUGGCUCUGUGGGACGAAAGCAUGGUAACUGUUCAUGAUGAGAAUAUCUUACGAGAGAUGCGGCAGUUGAGCGCGAAACCAGAUGAGGAUGAGGUGAAUGCGUGGUUGAAAUCAAUGCGUUCUUUGAAGACGACAAUUGCACUAAAUGGAGCGCUUGAUUUGUUGUUGUUACAUGAACGUCGUCACAUUGAAGUUAAACAAUUAGCGUUGAUGACGAACGCUAUCCGCGAAUUCAUCGAUUCACAGCCAAAAUUGUACGUUCUGCAGAAAGGUUCAACGCCAGGUCGAACGUUGUUGAUGCGUAUCGCGAAAAUAUUACAACUUUUUGAUGUGUUUGCGUAUUUGAGCGAACUGAACAAGCACUCACCAAAUCGAACGAAAUGUGAUGAUUUUGGAGAGGAACAUGACGACUGCACUGAAUUACAUAAGAGAUUUCAUCUUAAUGAAACUGAUUUGAAGCUUUGCAUGAAACGUAUCAGUGAUUGUUGUCUGGAAUAUAGACAUGAUGAGACGAUUCAAGAAGAAGCGUUGAAUAUAUUUGAUUUCUUAGCACAUUUCAUCAUUUCUUGUCAACUGCCAACGUGCAAAACAACAACAGAUCAACCGGAGGAUUGGUAUCAUUUUAUGCCUCAUUUGAUAAGGAUAACGAAUGAUAUACAAGUGCAAAAAGUUACUCCUCAACUCGGAGAAUUCAUAUUUUCGUCUGUGCUUACAGGUCGGUGCAGAAUGUCGCAUUUUUUAGCACAUAUUCGUAUUCUCAUUGGUAUAUCGGAGAUCAAUCUACUCGAAUUGUUCUGUAUUUAUUGGUUGAACUUGCCGCAAAACACACCAAUUUACUACCUACCUCGAGUAUUCUUCAUUUGCAAACAAAUUGUCGCGUUAUGUCCUGAUUCGCAAAUUGCCCUUCAAAUGGCUAAACAAAAAAUUAUCGACAGCACUCAUAUUGCGGAAGCACUCUCAUUGUGCCUAAUUAUGCGUGCUAUUGCGAUGAACGAUAAAUGUGGCGACGAUCUUUGCAUGGACUGCGAAGAAUGUGAAGGUGAUACGCCAGAAAAUAGAUCAGAAGAAUGGGAUAAAGUUGAAUUGGGCGUUGAGAUGUGGGAUUUAAUGCUGAGACAUCUGCAAUGCAUGGCUCUUAUGCAAACGCUACCCAGUUGUCAGCCAUUAUCUAUCAGCAAUUUGUUGAACGGUGGUUGUGCCUAUUACAGAGAGCAGGUUGCUGUAUGGGCUGCAUUGCAAAAGAUAUCUCCAGAGGAUUUGUAUGCAGCCUUAGAUUCAAGCCAGAGCAAUCCUGAAGAUGUUGAUGCAACGACAUGUCACGACCGUGGGAAGUGGUUUGCAACAAUUGCUGAAUUAAAAUCAUUGCUACCAAUGAGCCUGAAAACAAACUUGGUGAUGUGUGAUUGUGCAUGGGAAUGCAUGAGUGCGUGGUUCAAGGAGAAAGAAACGAAUGCCAUCGUAUUUGAGGUUUCUUGCCAUUUUUAUUACAUUUUUAAAAAUUUCUCCAUUUCGUUCUUUAUAUAUGUAUGUAAGCCGGCGAUGGAUACGUUUAGUUUGCUCAGUAAAACAGGUCGCUUUCCACGGGAACGUCUUUUAAAGAAGCAAAUUGGUAUUUCAGAUAAUCAGUUGGUGCUGUUCAUAAGUGAAUGCAGAAGAGUGUUAACGUUACUCUGUAAUGCAGUGCGGGAUUUGGAUCGUUACGUAAGCUGUCAUACUAGUUAUGAAGAUUUUGUGGCUGCCCUAUCGCAGAUGACACCAGAACGACAAUCUGACACCAAUAAAGAGCCAUUAAGUGACAUGGCAUCGCGACAAAAAGCUGUCAAUUAUCAUUUGGUCUUGCAUCAUAUUCAUUUGUUGACUGUCAUCGAGCUACAGUUAUCGGUUUGUGACGAGGAUAUUCGUCUGAAACUAAGCGCAUUAUUCGAUGAGAUUGGUUUAAAAGCGUUCUUUGUACCAUUCCACACGCAUCCUUUAAUUCCAAUCGCAGAUGUUCCUGCAACAAUUCAGCACAAUCGGCAAUCAUACCUCGAAAAGUGUGUUGCAAAAAUGGUUGAGAAUGAACAAAUGAUCGAUUCAUUGAAGCAAAAAUAUCAGUGGAAUCUGAUUGAGACACUCGCUAGCGACUGGCAGUUGGAUCGUGACGCUCUGAGAAUUUGUGAGAUUGUUAAGCUUUGCUCUGAACAGCGAUUAACGGAUGCAGAGAAGCUGAUUUGCGUAGUUGAAGAGCGAGCCAAGUUAGCGAAUGCGUUAUUCGGUCUAGCGAUUGCAUAUUUUAGAACGUAUGUCCAGUUGAACCCAUCCGUACUUGAAACUGCUCAGCGACUUUCAUUGCUCACAAACAGAUUAUCGCUGUGUCUGAAUAGUGAAACAACAAACAGCAUUGACUGCAGUACGAUCAGCAGCUCGAAGCCGACAUCAGAUUUGAUUGAAAGCCUUCUGAAGCAAACCAGAAUACUUCUGAUUACAUCAGUUGCUGAUUCCAGUCAAGUAGCAUCUGACCAAAUUGCACUUGUAACCGAUAUGGAGGAAUUACUUCAUUUAGCAGCAUCAUGA